CUAUGGCGAAAUUUGUAAUUACAAAUGACAAUUAUUCCCUUAAGCCUUGUGCUUCUCAAGGUGUUUUUUCACUCUCUGAAUAAUUUUGGGUGUUAGUGGCUUAUUUUGUAACUCGGGGAGGCAAACAGUGAACAAGCUGAUCCUUCCUUUGCAAAAGGAAAGCAGGAAAAUCAUGUUUGCAGUGGAAAGAUUGUACAGAAGGGAAUCUGUGGAGAAGGAACUCAAAGCGUGUCAUUGAGAAGGUUUUCUGGGCAAGGAAAGGGGAUGGUUCGUGAGGGUUUAUUGGGAACUUUUAUCAGCGGGAAAAGCUUUAUUUCCCACCUGGUCACUCCGAGAGAAACCUUUGGAGGAGCAGAGAGGGGAUUCUUUGCCCUUUUCCCAGGUGUCUCGGCGUUUCCAGGGAUUUGCCAGCAGAUGGCGAAGCGAUCCCGGGUCGGGAUCCCGCGGGCCGGGAAUGCGGGCACGGAGAGGCUCUGGAAUGUGGGAUGCGGGCACUGCAGCUCCGACCGGAGCGACCCUAAACCCCGGGGGUUGGACGUUGUGGAGGCAGCGGCGAGACCUGGGAGCUGCUGCAGCUGGGAUGGGAACUCCAAGCUCAGGUUGUUUGUGCCUCAGUUUCCCUGAGCUCUGCUCCUGAUCCACCCAAGGAAGAUCUGUGCUGACUGUUGGAUUACAGAAGUUAUGGUGAAGGAAUUGCCAAAAUAAAGCAGCUCAAAAAAAAUAUGUUUGUGCCUCAGUUUCCCUGAGCUCUGCUCCUGAUCCACCCAAGGAAGAUCUGUGCUGACAGUUGGGUUACAGAAGUUCUGGUGAAGGAAUUGCCAAAAUAAAGCAAAUCUCUCCCUUGCUGGCUGCAUAAAGGACUUCAAAUGAUGUGAUCUUCAACCUUUUAUCAUUCCUGGACUUUCUCAGGGAAAUCUUUGCAGCUGAAAAAUCUUUGUGGGAAGAACAGGAAUAUUUGUUCUGGGUGGUGGGGAGCUGGUGGAGAUUUGCAGUGUCCAAGUGCAUCAAGAUCCCCUCCUGAAGUGCUGGUAGGACACAGAGAACCUCUGGGUUUCUGGGAUUUUUAACAAACAGCCCACCCUGUAAGGAAAUCAGCCCCCCCUGGAGCCACCCUCUGAUGGGAGCUGAGGGAAAAUAGGGAAGAGCCUGGGAAAUGAGGCAGCAUUCUGCUUAUCCUCGUGUGUGAUGCCCAGUGCUUAUUCCAAGCCACAUAUUUUUUAGCUCUACCACCCGUUCCCCCGUGCAGCUUUCCGAACUUCCCAGAAAAAUGGUGAUUUCUCCGAGAUAAUGAAGGGGAGGGACAGAGCAGGGCUGAGGGGAGGGAGCAGGGAAUGGGCACUGAUUUAAAUCUGCCUGGCACACGGGCCAGCUCCACUUAUCAGGGAGUCUAAUAGGAAUGUGAAGAGAAUAGGCUUGACAGCUCAUUAGAAUGUGAUCCCUCCUCUUUCUUUUUUUUUUUUUCUUCCCUUUUCUUUUCUUUUUUUCUUUUGCUUUUCUUGAGGUUGAUGGAAACUCCUUCGGGAAAGAAGGACUUCUCUGCCGAGGUAAGGCAGGAGCUGAGGAGGGUUUUGCCAACGUGCAGCUGGGGAAAGGAGCAGCAGGAAAAAUCAGACCCUCCGAGGUCCCUGAAAUCCUGCCCGGUGUGAGGGGAGAUGAGGAUGCAAAAGCCACGAGGUUCUGCACCCUGACAGCUGCUGCUCACCCUCAGAGAAAAGGGAAAGCUCCCUCAGCUAGAGAGGGAGACAAACCACACUUGGGGAAACUCUCCCUGUUCCCGGUGGAGCUGGGGACGCCCUCGGAUUCUUUGUUUCUCCUCGUUUUGAGUUUAAUGGUGUGAGAAGUCUCUCUUCCCCCGACAGGGCUGUGAUGCUUCCAGCCCCUCCAGAGGAGCACUGGCUGUAGCAACCUUGGAUUACAGUUCCCCAGCAUCCUGGAAGGGAAGGAUGAGGACUUGUCACUGAGGAAAGGGGGAAGGAUCAGCCCAGAGGGAACGGAUGGAACGCACCCAAACCUGCUCUGAACCCAACACGAGGCUUCAAAUGACAGCAAGUGAACCCUCCUGGUGAAGAGGAACAACCAGAGCCCCCCUGACGAGUUCGUGUUGUCAGCUCUGGCCUGAGCAACUGUUGCCCAGAGCAGUUUGACUUCUCAUAGCUGAGUGCAUUUAAAACGAGUCUGAAGACUUAUUUGAGGGGGGUAGAGGGGAGAGCAACACUUCAAGGUGGGUGGCAGGACUUUUCAGGGCCUCUUGUAUUUAUGUAAAGCUCCCAGAGGCUGAAUGGACUUACCUCCUUCUCCGAGUGAAUCCAGAUUUUAAACAAGUUGAUCUGUACCAUUUCCAUGUGUCCUGCCUGAGCAGAGACCUCUCAGCAACCAGCACAUCCAUCUCGCUGCCCAUCUGACAUUGCACAGCCCACAGGAUCUUCUUUAGCACUUCUGACCCUGCUACUUUUUAUUUUUGGAGAGAGGACUCUGUUCCUUUAUUGGUGGUGAAGGUUUUUUUUUUUUUUUUGUGCUUGGACUUGGCCCCUCCCUCCCUUUCCAAAAUGAAGGGGUGCACCUGGGUGUUUGUGGCAACUUUACUGUGUCAGCAGUUUUGCCUCUUCAGGGUUUCAGCAGCAAAGAGAGAGAGGAAGGUGAAGAAAGAACCUAAUCAGUACACAGAGCCCUUCAACACCACCCUGUCCAACAGUGAGGAGCUGCACGGGCAUCCCAAGGUCCUGGAGUCUGCAGACCCCCGGAUCACAGACCCCCGGCGCACCUGGAUCUCCUUCGUGCACCGCCCGGACGACGGGAACACCUCCAAGAGGAGAUGCAAAGGGAAGGACAAGAAACUGCGUGGCCUCGUUGGGCCCCCGGGACCUCCUGGGCCUCAGGGACCCCCGGGAGCCCCUGGAGCUGAAGUGACCCGGGAAGUCCUUCUGCAGGAGUUUAAGGAGAUCUUAAAAGAAGCCAUCGAACGUCGAGCAGCCCUGGCUGUGUCAGCCCAUCCCAGCCAGCUGCCUCCACUCCUGCUCUCCCUGGAGGAGGUUUCACCCCACAGGCGUGUGGAGGAGGCUUUCCACUGCAAGCUGAAGGGACAGGUCACCGUGGAUAAGAAGACCCUGGUGGAGCUUCAGAAUUUCCAGUCGCCUCUGGCCAAAGGAGCUUUCCUGCGAGGGACGGGGCUGAACUUGGCCACGGGACGGUUCACGGCGCCCGUCUCGGGCAUCUACCAGUUCUCAGCCAACAUCCACGUGGACCACAGUGAGCUGAAGAGCAAAGUGCAGCUCCGAGCCAGGGACAACGUCCGGGUGUUGAUCUGCAUCGAGUCCCUGUGCCACAGAUACACGUCUUUGGAAGUCAUUGCUGGGCUGGAAAGCAACAGCAAGAUCUUCACUAUCUACGUCCAUGGGUUACUGCAGCUGCAGGCUGGGCAAUACACCUCCAUCUUCGUGGACAACAGCGCCGGAGCUCCCGUCACCAUCCAGAACGGAUCCGACUUCAUGGGGAUGUUGAUGGGAGCGUAGCAGGGAAGGGAAGGAUGGGAACCACAUCCCUGGGAAGGGAAGGAUGGGAACCACACCCCUGCAGUGUAGAUUGGACUGAGGAAAACCCUGCUCUGACCUCAAAAACUGCUCCCUGGGACCGUGGCAUCCUUCCAAACAAGCCAAGAGCCCUUUUCCCCUUCACAGCCCCCCCUUGGCUUUGCUUUCAGAGGCUGCUGCUUCUCCAGGUCCACACCGGGUCAUUUGUCACCCAAAACGUGCUUUUGUCCCUCUGACACGGACUCUUUGAUAUUUAAUUUGUGCUUCACCAGGUGCUCGCCUGAGAUUCGGGGCUUUGUCGUGUUGUACCUUUAUUUCACAGUAGCACUUGUAACCAGCAUGAACUUUUGGGGUCCAUUGGGGGGUGCUCGACUUUGUAAAUGAAGGAUUGAGAGGGGGGAAUGACACAGUGACUUCAUUCUGUGUGUGGUGGAGGAAGGAGACGAGGGUUUGCUGGAAAAACUGCCUUUUCCAUGUGGUUUUAAGUUGUCUCUCUCGUGGGAACUGGAUAUAUGGACAAGGAGUGUGCUGAAUGUUGAAUUGGAGGGGAAUCCAAUCUGAACUCUUUAAUUCUUGAUAUCAGAGUAUUUCCCUGAUGUUGUUGAAGCUGAAUAACUCCCUGCCAGUGCUUUGGGGCUGUUAGGGAGAGGUAAAAAACCCCAGAGCACCACUUUGAGCUCCCUCCCCUUGUUCUUAUGUUUUAGUAAGAGACACCCGUGCUUUGGGCUGCACCACAAAACCAGCAGCUCUCAGGGGGCAUCAGACUGGUUAUCCAAAGCCUGGCAAAGCUUUGGAGUGAGGCUGGAAACCUUGGAUCAGGUGCAGCACCUCUUGGAAUGAAAGACAGCCCAGGGCAAGGCUCACUCCCACCAGCUUUCCAGGGUCACAGGGCUGAGUUCUGCUCAGAGCCUGAAAGUGCUGGCAGAGACCAUCCAGGGAAUGUUUUCCAGACAAAUCUGGUGCAAAUGUCAGACUGAGCCCCCCCCCAGCAGCUUUGCAGACAAACUCAGCUUGAUACAGUGAAAGGGCAGUGAUAUUUCGUGGGUCAAGGUGUGACCCAAGGGGUGGCAACACCCUGGGGUGUUCUUAAUCCCAAAGAAGACCCUCCCCCCCCCUCAUUUAAUGCAGCUUUUCCCUUCCAACAGACUCCUGUGAUUCAGCUGAGCUGAGGAAAUUGUGGAACAGUGUCAGAAACAGAUGGAAACAAGGCCCCAAAACGAGUCCAGGAUGUUUGCAGGGAAUGGGAGAGAUCCCUUCUCUGCUGCUGCAGGUUUUGCUCACCUACAAUAAAUUUGUGCAAUGAAACCCAAGAUUGCUGGGGCAGCAGAAGGGCUGGGAAAUGUCAUCCCUUGCUGGGGCUGCUCAGGUUGCUCAAUAUAUGACAUUUCUGGAAGCUCCAGGGGAUGCUGCUGGUGAGGUUGGAGGGAGGCAGAGAUGUUGUGUUUGAGGAGCUGUGGAAGGAUCUGCUGGAAAAGAAAGUUUGUUUUAAUGUGAUUUUUUUUUUAGAAGAGUCCUUUAGCUCUGGAUGAUCUUGCCCAUCCAGCAGUGAAAUGGGUUGAAGCAGCCAAGAAACCCUCGAGAUGCUCUUGCUGUGGCUGCACAAAACUCCUGACUAAUAUGGACACGAGGCUGGGCUGGGGCUCAGACAAACCCUCUGUGAGGCUCCUGAGCUGUUUGGAGAGGGGGGAGAUUAAUGGUGUGCAAAGCAAAGCUUCAGAGCUCUUCUGUUGUCAUAAACUUCACGGGCCAAGAGGGUUGAAGAACUCGGGAGUCUUCGGGAUGAAGGAGUUGUUUAUACCAAAAUAAACCCCACGUGCUUGA